GGUUUCUAAUUUCUAAUUUCUUCUGUCCUUUGGUUUCAGCGAACUGAGUCAGUCACCCGGACGAGUUAACGAACGAAAGAAAGUUCACCAUGGGGUCGGUCCCCAAUCCGGGUGAGUUAACCGAGUUAACUCAGCCUAGUUUCGAUGAGUUCCAGCAUCAAACAUCUCUUAUGACGGGCUGCACUCUUAUGUGGAAAGAACUCUCCGAUCACAUAAGUUCACUUGAGGCAAAUCUGAUGAGACAAUCGGAGGCCUUGAAACGCAAAAUCGAAGCACUAGACUCGGAGACCAAGACCUCACUCGACUCACUCAAGAAGAGAGAACUCAGCAUCGACGACAGCGUCAAGAUUGCAGUCAACCGAGUCGAGCUUCUAAAAAAAGAUGCUUUGAAAACCUUAAACGACGACAAUCCCGACGGAGAAGUUGACAACGGAGACGGCCUUUUGCAAAUCCUGAAAUCAACGUGUUUGAGAAUGGAAGCUAAAGAGUUCUGGAACUUUGUCUCCGGCCGGAAGAAAGAUAUCGAAUUAUUAAGAGAGAAAAUUCCAGAAGCUUUAUCGGAAUGCAUCGAUCCAGCGAAGUUCGUUAUGGAGGCCAUAUCGGAGGUAUUUCCGGUGGAUAAAAGAGGGAAUGAGAGAGGAAAUGAUUUAGGAUGGGCUUGUGUUUUGGUUCUAGAAAGCUUGAUUCCGGCGGUGGUUGAUCCAGUGAUCGGAAAAUCGAGGAUGCUGAUUACGCGGAGUGUGAAAGAGAAGGCGAAAGAAAUCGCGGAGACAUGGAAAAGAAGCCUCGAAGAGAGAGGAGGGAUUGACAAUGUGAAGACUCCUGAUGUUCAUACUUUUUUUCAACACUUGAUUACGUUUGGGAUUGUUAACGAAGAGGAGUUGGACCUUUAUAGGAAGCUUGUUAUUGGCUCUGCUUGGAGGAAACAAAUGCCUAAGCUUGCAGUUUCGCUUGGCCUCGGUGAUAAAAUGCCUGACAUGAUUGAAGAAUUGAUCAGUAAAGGACAACAGCUUGAUGCAGUUCAUUUCACUUAUGAAGUCGGGCUCGUUAACAGGUUCCCCCCUGUGCCCCUGCUAAAAGCUUUCUUGAAGGAUGCAAAGAAGGCAGCUUCAUCUAUUUUGGAAGAUCCCAAUAAUGCCGGCCGGGCUGCGCAACUUGCUGCACGCAAAGAGCAAUCAGCACUUCGGGCAGUCAUGAAGUGCAUCGAAGAGUACAAACUCGAGGCAGAGUUUCCCCCAGAAAACCUCAAGAAACGCCUUGAGCAGCUAGAGAAGACCAAGACUGAGAAGAGAAAGCCAGCUGCAGUUCCUGCUAACAAGCGAACACGGGCCAGUAAUGGCGGUCCAAUGCCUCCAGCUAAAGCUGGCCGUUCAACGAAUGCAUACGUCUCAUCUUUUGCAGCACCACCGUCAAUUGUCAGGUCUCCCUCACACCCUCAGUACCCUGCUGCAGUCCCAGCAUACCCAUCCCCCCCACCUGCCAUGUACGGAACCCAAACCCCACCCACCUGUCCGUAUAUGUACUCACCAGAAGCAGCCCCUCAGCUAGCUGGUUCUUACCCUGGAGCUCCCAUGAACUAUCCUGCAUAUGGAGGGUAUGGUAAUGGUAUAGCACCAGCAUAUCAGCAGGCUUACUACUGAUAGACGAUGACUACUCUGGAGAUUGUAACUACUGAGAUGACGACUACCAACCGAGCUAAGUUUCUAAAUGGUUUUUUUGCUUGUAAUGACUAACCAUUUUAAUGGUAGCAAUGCCUGUGUGUUAAUUAUUAUAAUUGUUGUGUGCUUCUUGCAUUUGACAUGGUGAGAAGCUGUAUUUCUAAUGUUGACUGGAACUUAUAGUAGUUGUAGGUGAUUGUGAAGUAAUGAACCAUGUCUUGGAACUCAAAAGACAAAACCAUCUAGGGUUAGUUGUAGAAAUAUGUCCUGUUUAUCUGAGACUUUA